AUGUUAUUCUUCGAUGAUCCAUUCUUAAUCAGAGUAGAUAUGAUACUUCUCAGUUUUAACAUUAUAAUUCUCAUUAUCAUUUCAGCAAUUUCAGAUCAUCAUGUUAUUUACUUUUUCAGAUUAAUCAUGUUUAUCUUGUUUUGUCUAGUGAGUGGUGGAUCUUGUGUGAUUAAAUAUUUGAUUGAUAAAAUUCAAAGUUCCAAAUCUCAACAAAUUGAAGGUGAACUGGAGAGUUAUCUGAAACAUCAGGAUUUUAGAGAUUUGAUUAGAGAAUAUUGUGUGAAGGAACUUUCAUUAGAGAAUUACAACUUUUUCACUUUUUUAUUGGAAUUGAAAUUAAAAUCAAAGAAGAAACUUUCAAUAGAGUUGAUGGAUGAAAUUUCACAAGUUUAUUUGAAUCAAAACUCUACUUUCGAAUUGAACAUUUCAAGCACUUGCAGAAAGAACUUUUUCAUAUUAAGGAAACGAAUUCAAGACCAAAAUGAAACAGAAUUAUCCACUGAAUCAAAUUCUUUUGUACAAACAAUUCAGGAUUUGAUUUUAGUAUUUGAAGGUGAAAUAUUGGCAAAUCUCAGAGAUACCUUUUCAAGAAUGGAAAAUACGAAUGAAUUUAAAACAUGGCUUUAUGCUUUCAAAGUUCAACAACAAAAUAACAUUUUCUGA